AUGGGUUCUAUUGAGAUUGUAUGGAGCAAUAACUUCGAGGAUGCGAUGACUAAAAUUGCGGUUAUGAUGGAGACUUUUCCAAUCGUCGCCGUCGAUACCGAGUUUCCGGGUUUCUUGCAUAACACCCCACGAGCAGCUUCUGAAUCUGAACGGUAUGAUGAUCUGAAAUACAAUGUGGAUAGGAUGAAGAUUAUACAGCUGGGUAUAACAUUGUUUGAUCGGUUUGGGGUUGUAGGGGGUGUUUGGCAGAUUAACUUCUGCAACUUUGAUCCUGAUUUGGAUGAUCAUGUUUCCUCUUCCAUUGUGUUGUUGAAAAGGAAUGGUAUUGAUCUGGUAAAGAACAAACGAGAUGGGGUAGAUGUGUACACGUUUGCUGACAAGUUUUGUGAGAUCUUGGGUUCGGUGGGUGACACAUUCCACGGACUCUACGAUCUAGCUUACAUGUUGAAGAUUGUGAUUCGUGAUGAAUUGCCAAGUUCGAUUAUGGGGUAUGUUGAACACAUUGGCCAUGUCUUUGGUCGUGUGUAUGAUGUCAAGUUUCUGGCGAAAUAUUGCCACGGGUUGUUGGAUGGUGAACUAGGAUUGGAAAAGCUCGCCAAACUGUUAGAUGUGGAGCGAUUUGGGGAAGCACAUCAGGCUGGUUCGGAUAGUUUAUUGACUGCUGCUACGUUCUCCAAGAUGAAGGGUAUCUAUGGGCUACCAGAGAAGAUGUUUGAAGGAUUCUUGUACGGGAUCAGUGCUAGGAUCAAGAGGCCUCGUCCAUUGGUUGUAGUUUUGCCACCGCCGGCUCCGCCAAUUUUGUUGGGAUAUAUCCGAUGA